CGGUAGUCACCGGAGCUCCCAAUCAUGUAGCACGCUGCCCUCCCAUCAUCUGUUCCAGUCGUACCUGAACCUCGCGGGCAUUGCCGUGCUGGUGCUGACACCAACAGCCGGCGGAGACGGGGGGAAGGCGGCCCGGAACCACAACCAUGAGGAUCCGGCACGUCACUCUCCUGGUGGCCGCGGUGUUCCUGGGCGGCAUCAGUGUCACCUACGUCCUCCUGGCAUCCCCCAUCCAUCAACGUCCGCUCCUCUGCUCGUCCAAUAAACGCUCAAUUUGGCCUGUCAAUCAAACUAAGCAUGUACUGCUUGUGGGCGGAGCCAGCUUCAUGGGAUAUCACCUCACUCUACAGCUGCUGGAGUCCAGGAACUACGUCACUGUUGUGGACGACGCUGACUCGACGUUAGAUCAGACUCUGAAAAGGGAACGCCUAAGACACCUUGAAGAUAUCUCAGAUCAAAAAUUAAGAAUCAUAAGAAACAGUACCUGCAGUCACAAAUCCUUAGAGGAGUUGUUUAAGACUGCUAGCUUUUCAAUCACUCAUGUGGUCUUCUUUUCUCCGUUGGACUGUCACAAUGACAUUUCGUCUCCCAACCCUUCCAGUCACGUACACGCGGCCUUAGUGUGCUUCACAAUGUUGCUCGGGCUCCUAAAGGAUUCCCCGAGCGUAAACCUCCUUGUGAUCUGGAGCAAGAACUACCCUUUUCACGUAUUCAAUGAACCUGGCGGGAGGCUCUCAAUGAGGUGGUUAUCGCUUGACUCGGUUCUGGUUGAAGGUCUGAAGGCGGCCGCCAUUAUUUACCAUAACAUCUAUGGGCACAGCAUCACUGGACUGGAGUUAUCGGAGGUUUAUGGGCCUUCCGGGGACGGGUCUUGCUCCGUCAUACACAGAACAGUCAUUGAUAGAUUACUGCACCGUCUGAAGUGUCGUCCGAUAGUCGUUGCUAAGCAACACAGAACGGGGAACCCGUCAGAAGUGCGCGACUUCCUGCACGUGACCGAUGCUGCUAGAGCCAACUACUAG